UGUAAGCCAACAGUUUCCUCUGGAUGAAUGAAUAACACAUGGCCAGGCUUUGUUUUCCCGCACGACGUUCAGUAUUGGUCAAAUUAAAAUGCUUCAUUACCACAAUUUCAUGUUUCAAUGUGGAAGCAGGACUGAAAAAAAAAUUACUGCAUUAUUUAAUAAACUACACGUUUACCGCUGUCGAUGCGGCCUUCUCCUUUAGAUUCAAGUUUCGGCAACUACAAAUAAUUCAACCCUGCUUUUCUAACAAUUCAGUCCAGUCUGAAUGAAAGAGUGGACGGAAGUGAAUGCACUGUCCAAGUCCUGACAGGGUGCAGUGGGUUACCCUUCAUACCCCCCUUAAAAAGACAACAGUAUAAAAAAAACCUAGAAAGGGAAGGAAAACAAGGAUCCCCAUAAGUUUCUCUAGUAACUUCAAAUAUGUGGGACGGUGCCGCGUUCCCAACCCCAGACCCUCAGUUGAGACAAUUACUCAAGUCAAGUUGUAUGCUCGACCUAGUAUUCACUGGACUGACAGUGCUUGCCAGUUCAUAUGAACAUCCUCGAAUGGACAUUGAGCCAAUGAAAGAGUCAGUAUGCAAAUUGAGGUUUUUCCACAAGUGGAAGGAAAUGUAGUUCGACGUUUCUCGCUCGGCAGUCGUCACAUGCGAUCGGACAGCCUUGAUUUGCCGUGUCGUCAGGCUCGACUUGUCACCAGUGUCUAAAGGUGAUCCACUGUAUGUACAAUUCCACGUGACACAACUGAAGCGUGUCACAGUAGACGAAUAUGACACCACGACUGGCUCUCGAUCGUUACGUCCGGAGCAGCUUGGCUUGAAGUUGCCACACCAAGACACAUCGAGUCAACGUGUUCCUGUAUCACGUGGCAAUCUAGUAGUCGCAUCGUACACGUUUACCCAGUUGAAGAAACAUUAAGCAUUUCUCCUGGGCAUAUUGUUCGUAUAUUCGGGGCAGUUUGGCAACUUCACCAGUUUGUCCUUAGGACGGAAGAAGGAGAGGUUGGAUGAAAAGAAAGCACUCGGCGGUCGCUCAUAUCAUAGAGCAAGUUGCUUGCUCUAUGCUCACAUCGCUAAGGCUAACACAGUGAGCAAUCCCGUUGCGUUACAAAGCAGCAGCAAAUUAUUUCUCUGUACUGGGGCCGCCGCCGUGACGAUGGACAGGGGAGAGACAAGCCAGCCGUUCUUGGCAAGUGAUCAUCACCUCACCGCCACACACCAUGUAGAUGCCGGCCUCCCUUCUUGUGGGUCACUGAGAUCAUCUACUGUGAGUCACCUGCCGGUCAGCGGAGCGCCAUCCAUCAACAGCCGGCCGAACCAGGCAUCCCCGGCGCAAGACACCACCGAUCUGCCCUGCUCUUCCUCGGGGGUGGGCGGCUUGCCCUGCUCCCUGGGCUGCUCUCCGGCCAAAGUCCGGGGCAAGGUCACCGGCGGUAAAGGGUGCCCCAUUCCCUCGGUCAAGCUGCCGGAGUACCCCUGGGUAAGCGGCACACCUCCCGUAACUCAAGGUCAGACAAAAGUGCAUGGGAAAGGAGCUGACGGGAAAGGAGUUAAGGCCGCCCCAUCUCGCCGAGUUCGUACCGCCUUCACCAACACUCAGCUCUUGGAGCUCGAGAAAGAAUUCCGCUUCAACAAGUACAUCUGCAGGCCACGCCGAAUCGAGAUUGCAUGUCUGCUGGAAUUGACAGAGCGGCAGGUUAAGGUUUGGUUUCAAAACCGUCGUAUGAAGCAGAAACGCCUUGCAAUGAAGAAUGCAACCAAAGCCAAGUGUUACCAAGGCGACAUGCGCUCUCAGCAACAGUUUGCGAUAGGAACGCCUCCAUUCGCUGAUAGGGGUGAGCAGACGUCCAACCCAUGUCACGAUAACCAACGGCUUGAUCCUCACUACAGAAACCUCGCCACUGCCAAAGAAGUAGCGUCCGUCCCAGCAGUCUCAUGCCAGCCUCCUACCAAAGCCGUUGAUGCCAUGGAGCAACCUUCGGCUAGUUUGGGCGCCCGCAACCCGAGGGCGGGAAGUCUGACCCUGGGGUUAGGCACCCUACGCCAAUGUAUUCCCGGUGGGGUCGACUCGUACCAUCCCCGGUAUGGUUCGUAUCCGCACUCAACAGAUGAGAGAAUGGACAACUCCAUCCCUGGUAACACUAAGACGGCGUGGUGCUCCCUGUCCACGGGAUCAUCUUCUGGCUCAGCUGUGAACGAUGGUUACCGACUGGCGUAUGGGUCUGAGAUGGGCGAGUUCACCCAGGCACAGUACUCGCUGUGUACGGUGAAGGAGUCUGGUGUCGGUGGAGGGCAACAGUAUGCUAACAUCAACGCAAACAUAAUGUAUGCACCUCAUUACUAGAACCACAAAGAGCAAAGGUUGAGCUCGACAUAUUCUAUUACCAUCACCAAAGAUAGUACAUGUACAAGAAAGCAAGAUAACCAAUAUAUUAGAAUUGGUGAAGUCUCAUGGCGAAUAACAUUCCAGGUUUUGCUAGAAAAAGGUGUGGUUUUUCUCAACUUUUUGUUCUCCCACUGAGUUAAAGAUUCCACUGAAUUUUCUUUAUACCUGACCGAUGGAAAGAGCACAAAAUGUCUCCUCAGGGAUUUGAGGGGCACGUAUUUGGGCAAAAACUCAACUUUGCUCGUCCCUGACCAAAAAAAUCUUGACAACCUCCUACAAGUAGACCGUGGUUUGCCAAGAUUGUACUAAGUUAAGUUUGGUGUUGGCAGUGUCGUACAAAUUAGUUGACGUUGUCUCUAGCUGACCCCUCUGUGAGCACUUUGAGAAAUUCUACUCUUAUAUAUACUUUCUCAAACACUUUGUAUAGGGGUAGCGACUAUCUUGCUAGGGGUUAGUUGUGCCAACUGAAACAUUAUAAAUGUUACUGACUGGGGUCUAUUUCGAGCAUCAUAAUUGUUCUAUUGGAAGUCUAGAAUUUUGAAUACACUGCAAUCUUGUUUCCAGAUAUUAUAAAAGGUUUCUUGCAUAAAAAUGUCAGUGGGAAAUCCUUUCACAUACUGUGCUCAAUAUAUUAAACAUAAUUAUUCAAAUUAUUUUAUGUAAUAGAUGGACAGCAGCAAGAAUUGCUCAGUAUAAGCUGUGCCUAUUUUCACUCCAAUUGCAUGUAACGUGAAAACGACGUGAGCGUGAAAAUGAAGGCUUUAAUAUCGCCAAACGUGCUUAGCGUAUACCAGAUUUCAGCUACAACACAUUAUUUGCAUGCAUGCAAUUCUUCCCAUCUAACAACACGUUUUGUAAGCCUUAUAUGUAUCCCCUUCUCCCAUAGCGUACCUGUAUCGUACGUAAUAGUGAAGUUCUUUUGUUUUGUUCUAAUUCUUUUGUUUGAUCUUGUUUG